AUGUCGUGGCAAGCCUAUGUCGAUACCAGCCUUGUGGCUACCGGUCACAUUGACAAGGGUGCCAUUAUCAGCGCAGCCGGCGACAGCUCUUGGGCCGCUUCUGCCGACUUCCAGCUUAAGCCAGAGGAGAUGAAGGCCAUUGCUUCAAUUGUCGGCGGUGACGCUGCUGCCAAGGACAAGGCCUUCGCGGAUGGUCUCUACAUUGCCGGUAACCGAUAUGUCGUGGCCCGAGCCGAAGACCGGACUAUCUAUGCUAGACAGGGUCGAUUGGGUGUUGCCAUUGCCAAGACCAAGCAGGCUAUUGUUGUUGGCCACCACGGCGAGACUCAGGUUGCGGGAAAUGCUAGCUCUACUGUUGAGGGACUGGCGGACUACCUUAUCGGUCAGGGAUAUUAG